AUGUCCGCCGCUGCAAAGAGAUCCCUCAGUAGCACCGGCAGGUCCAUCAGUCCGCCUGCGUUGAGGAGGAAAGUUUCACACACAGCUGAGGAAGAUGCACACGUGGCCAGCACAUGGCCUGCACAUCUAGGCCAGCUUCGAAUUUUCAGUUGGAAUGUCAAUGGCGUCGGUCCACUGCUUCAGACGCCCCUGUCCUUCGGCCCUGGUUCCCUGUCCCCGCUGCGAUCAUUUUUGAAACGCCAUCAGUGGCCUCAGCUGCUAUGUCUACAAGAAGUCAAAGUGAGCUCCAAAGACGUCGGAACCCAAAGACAGCUGCAUCAGGCUGCCAAUCACGGCCACGCUGCUGGAGAACCUACGUACACGGUACAUUUCUCUCUUCCCAGAGACCAGUACAAUGCUACUGGAUUCGGCGGCAAAGUCCAUGGGGUUGCUUCUUUCCUCAGAGACGACUUCGCCUCGGGCGUUCGUGUCACCCGGCGGCCAGAAUGGGACCUCGAAGGUCGAGUUUUGAUACAUGAACACGAGGUCGGCCUGGUCAUCGUCAACGGCUACUGGGUCAACGGAACUUCUAUUCCCUAUCGGGAUCCUGUAACGGGUCAGAUCUCCGGUACCCGACAUGACCACAAGUUGCGUUUUCAUCAACACAUGCUGGAAGAGGUCCUCCAACACGAGGCAGAGGGCCACCAUGUCAUCUUGAUUGGCGACAUGAACGUCGCUAGAUCCCGAAUUGACGGCCACCCAAAUCUACGAACGUCACCUCUGCAACAUGUAAGGAACCGAGCUGACUUCAAUUCCAAGUUUUUCGACGAACCCAAUGGCAUGCGUGGAAUCGAUAUCUUCAGGCACACUCACGGAAACACCAAGAAGUUCACGUAUUACCCGCGUGGAAGUGCUUGGGGCGCGAGCUGUGAUCGAGUGGACCUGAUCAUUAUCAGCCACGCCUUGGUGGAUGACCCGGGCGUUGUCACCGGGACUGACAUUCUGGAUUCUGCAUUAGAGCGUGGGCAUAGCGACCACGUCCCGCUCUGGAUCUCUCUUGAUCUCGCGAAACUGGCUGCGAGGAAUGCGCGACGCUCUGAAUUGCUGGUCGCUUCGGGUUCUACAUGGCUGGCCCCGCGCUCCGGCGAAACGAUAAUCCGGCCAGACUUCCCCUCCUCUUUCACGUGGUGA